AAAAUUAUUAAUAAUUAUAUAUUAGUAUGAGCAAAUUAAUUAUAUAUAUAUAUAUAUAUAUAUAUAAUAUGUUUAUUACAGUAUCUGCACUCUACCUAUAUUCAAUGCAAGUUCUAGACCAUACGAGAAAAGCCAAGGCCACACCACCUUCAUAGUUAAGCACUGACGAUUCCAGAAAAAAAAAAAAAAAAAAAACCCAGACGAUUCACUGACUAAAUGCCCACUAAGAUUGUCCAAGGAUUUACCAGAUUUCUCGUUUGCUUCCUAUAAAUACUGAUCCCAUAUAUUCCCCACAACUCGCCAUUGAUACUGGCAAGAAGCGAUCCCAUCUACUGUCUUUAGAAAUCAACUAAACUAAACAAUUUCCAUUGUCAGUCUUUUUUCUUUUGAGAUAGAGAAAAAUGGCAAUGAUUCCAAGUUUCUUCAGUAACCCAAGAAGCAACAUCUUCGAUCCCUUCUCCUCUUUCGACUUGUGGGAUCCAUUCAAAGACUUCCCAUUUCCAUCUUCACUAGUCCCUCGUGAAAAUUACGCUUUCGUUAAUGCUCGCAUAGACUGGAAGGAGACUCCAGAAGCUCACAUAGUCAAGGCUGAUCUUCCCGGUCUUAGAAAAGAGGAAGUGAGGGUGGAAAUUGAAGAUGGCAGAGUCCUUCAAAUCAGCGGAGAAAGGAAUGUGGAGAAGGAAGAUAAGAAUGAUACUUGGCAUCGUGUGGAACGCAGCAGUGGCAAGUUCUUGAGGAGGUUUAGGAUGCCGGAGAAUGCAAAGAUUGAUCAAGUUAAAGCUUCAAUGGAGAAUGGAGUUCUUACUGUUACUGUUCCCAAGGAGGAAAUCAAGAAACCUGAUGUCAGAUCGAUCGAAAUCUCCGGGUUGAGUUAAUUCUUUACUGUAAAAGGGAAAUGGAUAUAUGACAUGUUUGCUGUAUGUUGUGAUUUCUGAGCACUUUGUGAUGUAAUAAUAUGCUUAUCUGAGGUCUAAUAAAAAGAAAGGAUUCAAUACAAAUUCUCAUCAAGUUCUGCUGACUACAGUAGUAGCGAUAAAAGUUUUUGUUUAUGUUUAUCUGUAUACACAUUUGAUCAUCCACGAAGCAGAAGCAUAAGAACUUGUGACAAGAAACAGGAAGAAGAAGAAGAGGAGGAGCUCAAGGUACCAGUGAAUUUGACUUGUGAGGCUUGUUGAUGCACUUGUUUCAGCUUUCUAAGCUACCAACUAAUGAU